GCCGAUUUGCACUCGGGGCCGUCGCAGUUUAGGGGAUUCCAGCUCUAGAUACCCUUUUUACCUCACAGAUUUAAAAAUUAAAAAAAAAAUAAAAAAUGUCUACCGCGUGGGGAUACGCAACGAACAACGGACCGGACAAAUGGGUCGUCAACUUCCCCGUCGCCGACGGACCGCGCCAGUCCCCCAUCGACAUCGCACCUGCUCAGGCGUCGCACGACGCCGGGCUGAAGCCGCUCAGCCUCAAGUACGACCCGUCCACCUCCAUGGACAUCCUCAACAACGGACACUCGUUCCAAGUGACCUUCGCUGACGACAACGACAACUCAACUCUGAGAAAUGGACCCAUCUCGGGGAUCUACAGACUCAAGCAGUUUCAUUUCCACUGGGGAGCCUCUGACGACCGGGGCUCUGAGCACACCGUGGCCGGGAUCAAGUACCCUGCUGAACUCCAUCUGGUGCAUUGGAACACCAAGUACCCCAGCUUCGGUGAAGCUGCAAGCCAGCCUGAUGGGCUCGCUGUUGUAGGAGUUUUCCUAAAGAUUGGUGCCGCGAAUCCCAAUCUUCAGACACUUCUUGAUGCUUUUAAAGCCAUCAAGACCAAAGGUAAGCAGACCUCCUUUGCCAACUUCGACCCGGCUACCCUGCUGCCAGGCUGCCUUGACUACUGGACAUACGACGGCUCUCUGACCACCCCCCCUCUGCUGGAGAGCGUCACCUGGAUUGUCUGCAAAGAGCCAAUCAGCGUCAGCUGCGAGCAGAUGGCCGCAUUCCGCUGCCUGCUCUUCUCCGCCGACGGUGAAGCCGAAUGCUGCAUGGUGGACAACUACCGCCCUCCUCAACCCCUCAAGGGUCGCAACGUCCGCGCUUCCUUCAAAUAAGUGUCUCCCGUCCCCCACCCCACCGACCCUUUUUACACCCGCUGUCCACUCUCUCUUCUUCCCCUCCUCCAACCUGACCCCCCGUGACCUCUCCUCCCCAAGCUCAGCGAGACCCCCAAGAAAUACCUCUCCGGCAGUGAGCCACAAAGCACAUGUAUCUCUCCGUCCACGCAGUUGUUGAGGAAAAUGAAAUCUCCGUGGCCCCGCAACUACAAUGUCUUACGCUGGGAGGGAGCACUCGCAGCAUCGAGUAUCUCUGGCUCCCCUGCAGGGCAAUAAGCCAGACAAGUACCCCUGUCAUAAUUAAUUUCAUAAGACGAAACACUCCCAACAGUGGCUCUGUGACAUACUUAUUUCUCAUUUGGUGCCAAUGUCGCAGAGACAUCUAAUGUGGGGUGUGUUUCCCUCCUUCACAUCAACCAGCCAGCCAACACACACACACACAAAGCUGAUGCUGACAAAUGUAGAAAGGCAGCUAAAAGAGAUGCUGCAGAGCCAGUAGGAAGCAGGGAGACAUAAACUGCCCUGGGUAGCAGCAGCAGGCCCACGGAGAGGUUGAGACCAUAUAGCCAUCUGUGAGGGAGGGCAAGGUGCAAGAGGGAGACAUGCAAACCCAGAACAUGCACAACAGAAGCACAGACCGCAUACUCAGCCUGCCAGUCUGUUUGUAAUCUCCGAAUGACCGCCGGACCGUUCGCCUCGGGAUCACAGCAGCUUAAUGAAACUCUGCGGUCGGUCCCGUCGCACCCGAUUGAAUCAGAAAAUCCCUUUCCUGGCUCACACACACGUGCACGCACACACAUACACACACGCACACACACAGUGCUCGUUGCUGUGCUCCAUCAUGACCACGGCUUCUUCCUGUGUUUGACUGAUACUCCCAACGAUCUCCUGUAUGUAAUCCCAUGUUGCAUCAUCAGAAAUAUUACGGAUAGACUCUUUCGCUUGACAGCUUAUGCAAACAGAAGUGUUUUUAAGAUGCUCCUGCGUUACGCUUUGUAAUCGAAAGCUCCUUUAUUGACUUAUUUACUUUGUUUUAUCGUCCUGAAAUUUUGACAGUAGGAGGGGACCGUCCAUCCUCCUUCCUUAUGAAAUGAGAAGUGGUGUAAUAACCCCUUCAUUGUAAUAACCCCCUUCAUUGUGUGAAGUGCUAACGCUUAAAACGCACAGUCGUCUCCUAAGGCGAUGCCAUAGCAGCUAAAACACAGCCAAGGAAGGACAAAGUGACCUGCCAACUGUUAAGCUCCUGGUGUCACCCUGAUGCCAAACCCUGCUUAUAUAGGAAGGAUGAUUAGAAAUGAUGAUGGAAGGUCACCUUUGAUUUUGGGACCAGAGAAUCCUGUCCAUUAGUGAUCAGCAAUUUUAAAAACAAUGAUGGAGGAAAAAAAUAAAUCAUAUGUACUUCCAGAAAGGAUGACUGUACUUGACAAUUAACUUGGGGGAGAAAAAAACCCCCAAAAAACAAUGCCAAUCAUUGUCAGGGUCACCUUGGUAGUACCUCGUGCUGUUCUAUUUUGAAAUUGGAUGUUUUAUUAGUGAAAUAAAUAUAUUUUGC